UUUCCCCGGGUGUUGUCCGUCUCCCCGGCGCACACUCACGGCUGCUUCCAUCUAUCCAUGCAGUUCACUUCAUUGUACUGGCUCCGCUCAUCAAUUAGGCGAGAAUUAAGCCUUUUUAGAUGCGAUAAUUGUCUUUAAGCGCGUCGAAGAGGAAUAUAAACUGUGAACAGAGGCGCAGAUAAGUUUUGAGUGCGAGGAGAGCGGAGAGAAACGAAACACAGCCAUGCCCUCAGUGAUGGAGCGCUCGGGGUCCGGGGUCCUGUCCAGGAGCAGAGCCAAGACAGUCACCAAUGGCAACAGCCUACCACACUCUGAAGAGGAGAGCAGUGACGAAGAGCAUGCUCAUGACAGUAUGAUCCGAGUGGGAGGAGACUACCAGGCUCAGAUACCAGAGUUCAAACCAGACAGUUCAAACCGCUACAAUGAGAAGGACCACAGGAGCAUGUUGGUCUGGUGUCCCAGUGUCAUGCUGUCUGAUGCAAUGUUGGACGAGUACAUCCUAAUGGCUAAAGAGAAACAUGGAUACAACAUGGAGCAGGCUCUGGGCAUGUUGCUAUGGCACAAACACGAUGUGGAGCGCUCGCUUGCGGACCUGGCCAACUUCACCCCGUUCCCCGAUGAGUGGACAGUGGAGGACAAAGUUCUGUUUGAGCAGGCCUUCAGCUUCCACGGCAAGAGCUUCCACCGCAUCCAGCAGAUGCUUCCAGACAAGCUGAUCUCCAGCCUGGUGAAAUACUACUACAGCUGGAAGAAGACCAGGACCAGGACCUCCGUCAUGGACCGAGCGGCCAGGAGGCUGGUCACCAAGAGAGAGAAAGAAGACAGUAACGAUGAGGUUGAGGAGGCAGACCCCGGCAGUGACAGUGACUUUGAGAUUGACACCAAGAAAGAGGCGGUGAAACCAAACCCCAACAACAGCCACGCAGACAAGGCGGCCGCCAGCCGCUCGGGGCCGCUGAAGAAGGAGAACCUGGGGGCUCAGUACCGCCACCACCCGCUCAGAGCCCGCCGCCGGCCCCCCAAAGGCAUGUACCUGGAGCAGGAGGACAUCAUGUCGGUGUCCGCCUCACACAACGCCGGGGUGCUGACCAUACGGCAGCUGGACACACAGCUGGUGUCGCUCAAGAGACAGGUCCAGUCCAUCAAACAGAACAACAGUUGUUUGAAACAGGGUUUAAAUGAAGGUGUGGCGAAUUUAAAACCGUCUGAAACUGCCCCCAAGAUGAACUCCCGUUGGACCACAGAGGAGCAGCUCCUGGCUGUGCAGGCUAUCCGUCGCUAUGGUAAAGACUUCACAGCCAUCGCCGAGGUGAUCGGGACCAAGACUCCAGCUCAGGUGAGUUCGUUCUUCGUGAGCUACCGGCGCCGCUUCAACCUGGACGAGGUUCUGAGGGAGUGGGCGGCCGAGCAGGUGGCCACCGACCGAGAGCAGAGAGACCCCCGCAGGAGCAGUGAGGAGGGGACCCCAGCAGAGGGGGGGGCAGAGGAGGACGAGGUGAAAAUGGAGGACUCUCCCUCGGACUCGGCCGGCGGCUCCUCUCCGCCCUCCUCCACCCAGACCCCCUCCUCCCUCUCCCAGCCUCCCCCCCUGCUGCGCCCUGCUCCUCCCUCGGCCCCCCCCAGCCUCCUCCGCCAGCCCCCUCCUCUGCAGACGCGCCCGCUCCAGAACCGAGCGCCCCACAACCACCCCCCCCCUCCCCUCAUCCGGCCCGCGGUGACCUCCUCCUCCACCCCCCCCACCGGGAGCUCCAGCCUCAGGGCCUCACCCCCCAGCUCCUCCUCGUCCUCCGCUGCAGGCCAGAUGCCCCCGUCACUCGUCGGGCUCAAAGUGGAGCAGCCCAACUCGCACUGAUACACACACACACACAAUAGGUAUAGAAACACACACACACGCAAACAGACACUUCCUCCACCCUUUAACUCCAUCACAUGACCACAGGAUCCAUCAAACACACUCGGGCGACAUCACAGCUCUCCCCCCCCCCAGCCCCUUUACUGUACCAACAAACACCUACCUCCAGAUCAUCGUUCACUAGCGCAUACACACACACACACACACACACACACACACACACACACACUACAAACAAGCUAGGAACUGAAAUCUACCUGCACACUAAACAAAAAAAAAAGAGACACUGGAUCAUCGAGCUUCUGAAGGAAACCCACCUGCUCGUUUCCAUGGCAACAGCUGAACUUCUGGACGAGUGUGGUUGAACACACACACGGACACACACAUACUAAAUGUAUAUCUAUCUAUACUGUAGGUUCCACUAGGCAGGUUUUAGGUCCUCCGAGAACAACCUUCAGGAAAUUUAAAUAACGAAUAAAUGUUCGGUAAGAAAGUGAUUGAGAGGAUGUGAAGACACACGCCUUUCCCUAACGAGCUGCGCUUUAAAACUCGGGACCCUCAGAGAGGAAAAGGUACGGCUUUGUACUCGGGGCUGUGCUGUGACUUUACCGUCACAGAUUUCAAGAGCUGAGAUAAAGGAGCAGCAGAUCUCCCUCCUCUCUCUCUUACUAGUAUUAACUGGAGUGAUGUUUUCUGUUUUUUGACUAGAUUUUAAAGUGAGCUCUAGGUAGGCAGUUAGUUUGUAAGUAGUUUAGAUUAUGAUGAUGAUUAUUGACUGAGCACUAAAGAAAAUCAGUUGAACACGUGUGAUUGGAUGCUCAGUGUUAAAGCCACACUGCUUUCUGUCUGGAGGAAUUGUUCCAGUAGCUAACCGCUAACUCUGGUCACCGCAGAGAAACAUUAGCCUCUGAGGUAAAUAUGUGUAGAGGACAGGUGUUUAAAGCAGGUUUACAAAUGUCAAGGGGACGCCUGACCUCUCACAGAUAAUCAAACCCUGAAAUAUAAAAUGUUCUGCCAAAGUCUGUUAAUGCUUUAAAAGCUCAUUGCUUCCUGCAUGUUGGACGCGGUAAAGGAGUGAAACAAAAGAUGGUAAUGGGUUCAUCGGGAAUUUUGGGAAACAAGCAUUCGCUUUUUUUUGCUGGCAAUGAUACUGAAAGUUUGAUUCUCAAAAUACAAAACAAAGAAAUCUUCCUUGUUUUGUUUCUACGUUUGCCUGUUCAUGCUGCUCUCCACUCAGCGUUUAGUUUCCCGCGGCACUGAGCAGGAUCACAGCGGCCAUCACUUCGUGCUCGCCUUUUGACUUUCUUAAUCGUUCCUUCCUCGAAAAACUGCUCGUGUGUGAACUGUAUGUGAGAAGUUGUUUACAUUGUGGAAACUGAACUGUUUGUGUUUGAGAAAUGUCUUUUUUUAGAAUAAAGAAAUGACCAAAUAGUAAA